GCAAAACAACAAUCGAUCGACAGAGAAACGUCGCACUAGCAAACAAAUUCCACUCCAAAUCUGAAGCAUCUCAUUGUCGCUGACACUAUUCGUUUUUGUGCGGUUUCGACACGCACUCCACGCACAUUAUAUACAUCUUUCACACUCUCUCUGCAAUUCUGUAUCGUGUAUGUAUAGGUGGUUGUCUUGUUGUUAACUGAAAUAUCUUCACGGAGGAGAUUUGUGCGGAAUGUCGUGUGCCUUUUGUUCCACUUCGAAGCAAUUCUAGUCACUCUCCGAUCCGCAACUCUCAACCUUCUGAGUUGUGAUUUGUUUUUCGCUCUGCGCAGCGACCUUAUAAAUUACCGCGACGGAGGUUAGGUAUUUCUCUAGAGGCGAGACAUGGCGACAUUUGGAGAUAUAGGGGUUGCAGCAGCAUUUAACAUUAUCAGUUCCUUGAUAUUUCUGAUAGCAUUUGCCUUCCUAAGGCUUCAGCCAUUUAACGAUAGAGUGUAUUUUCCGAAAUGGUACCUCAAGGGGUUGAGAAGCAGUCCCAGUCACUCGGGCUCAUUUGUUAAUAAAUUUGUCAAUUUAGACUGGAGAUCAUACAUUAGAUUUCUGAAUUGGAUACCAGAUGCACUGAAGAUGCCUGAGCCGGAGCUUAUUGAUCAUGCAGGCCUGGAUUCAGCUGUAUAUCUGCGGAUAUACUUGCUUGGACUUAAGAUCUUUGUUCCAAUGACAUUGCUUGCUUGGGCCAUCAUAGUGCCUGUCAACUGGACAAAUAAAACCUUGGCACAAUUAUCUAAAGGAGAGGCUGGGCUAACAUAUAGUUCAAUUGACAAGCUCUCUAUUUCAAAUGUUCCAUUCGGAUCACCCAGGUUUUGGACUCAUGUAGUAAUGGUUUAUGUCUUUACUUUUUGGACGUGCUAUGCGUUGAUGAAGGAGUAUGAAAAAAUUGCUGUAAUGCGCUUACACUUUCUUGCUUCAGAAAAGCGCCGUCCUGAUCAAUUCACGGUUCUUGUCAGAAAUGUGCCUCCAGAUCCCGAUGAAUCCGUGACUGAGUGUGUCGAGCACUUCUUUUUGGUCAAUCAUCCAAAUUACUAUCUAACUCAUCAGGUUGUAAUCAAUGCCAAUAAACUUGCACAACUGGUUGAGGAGAAGAAGAAAAAGCAAAACUGGCUUGAUUAUUACCAAUUAAAAUACUCAAGGAAUCGAGGGAAAAGACCUAUGACUAAGACUGGUUUUCUUGGCCUUUGCGGAGAUAAAGUGGAUGGAAUUAAUUAUCAGACAGCUGAAAUAGAGAGACUCACCAAAGAAAUUGCUGAAGAGCGGAAAAGGGUAAAAACUGAUCCGAAGUGUAUCAUGCCAGCAGCUUUUGUCUCAUUCAAAACUAGGUGGGGGGCUGCUGUGUGCGCACAAACUCAGCAGUCAAGAAACCCAACUGUGUGGUUGACUGAGUGGGCUGCAGAACCACGUGAUGUAUUCUGGGCUAACCUUGCUAUUCCUUAUGUUUCAAUAACUAUUAGGAAGCUUAUUGCUGCAGUUGCUUUCUUCUUCCUUACGUUCUUCUUCAUGAUCCCUGUUUCUGCUGUGCAAUCUCUUGCAAAUAUUGAGAGUAUUGAGAAGCAGUUACCUUUUCUCACGUCAGUUGUUGAACAGCCUUUCAUUAAGGCUUUCAUCCAAGGUGUUCUACCUGGGCUUGCUUUGAAGAUUUUUCUAAUAGUGCUACCGACAAUAUUGAUGAUGAUGGCCAAAUUCGAGGGUUUUCUAUCAAUAUCAGCUCUGGAGAGGAGAGCUGCCUUCAGAUAUUACCUAUUCAACUUUGUUAAUGUUUUCCUUGUGAGCAUAAUAGCAGGGAGUGCACUUUCGCAACUUGAUACUUUUCUUAAGCAGUCACCAAAACAAAUCCCAGAAACAAUUGGUGUUGCAAUCCCUAUGAAAGCAACUUUCUUUAUUACUUAUGUAAUGGUUGAUGGCUGGGCUGGUAUUGCUGGGGAGAUCUUAAGACUGAAACCACUUAUAUUCUUCCAUUUGAAAAACUUCUUCCUAGUGAAGACUGAAAAGGACCGAGUGGAGGCGAUGGAUCCAGGAAGCAUUGGUUUUAACACCGGUGAACCUCAAAUACAAUUAUAUUUCCUUCUAGGUCUUGUCUAUGCUGUGGUGACUCCAGUUUUCCUUCCUUUUAUACUGGUCUUCUUUGCUCUGGCAUACGUGGUAUUUCGCCACCAGAUCAUAAAUGUAUACAACCAAGAAUACGAAAGUGCUGCAGCAUUCUGGCCAGACGUACAUGCACGUAUCAUCUAUGCUCUGAUAUUCUCACAGAUAAUGCUGAUGGGAUUAAUGGGUACGAAAGGGAUAUAUGAGGCCCCACCAGUCCUUAUUGUGCUUCCGGUGUUGACAAUCUGUUUUCAUCUCUACUGCAAAGGCCGUUAUCAACCAGCUUUCGUUCGAUAUCCUCUACAGGAAGCGAUGAUGAAAGACACACUCGAACGAACAAGGGAACCUAACCUGAACUUGAAAGGCUAUCUCCAGCAGGCCUAUGUCCACCCCAUUUUCAAAAACGAAGAGGACGAUGAAGAUGAAGGCUUCAACAUGAAACUUGAUGACAGUGCGACAGUGCCCACAAAAAGACUGCAGUCACGAAAAACUACACCAAUUCCCAGCAAAUUUAGCGGCGGAUCCUCACCAGCGCUGCCUGAACACGAUCACGAAGGCUCUUUGUCUUAACUAGCACCAACUGCGAGCUUGGUAUAAAGAUCUUGUUAAUGAGAGAAGUUAUAGUUCCGCGAGGGUGUAUAAGAACUAACAAGUUACGUCCCACGUUGUUCGAGUUUAACAUCAGCAGCAGAAGAUUGCAGUAGCAAUGAGGUAAACAAUGGUAUCUUCAUGGAGACUUAGUUUGCAAUUUGCAUGGUUAUAUUGGUUAAUAUUUUGUGGGAAAGAGAUGUACGCUUUCCUGUUUGAUCGUAUUCCUGUUUCCUGAUUAUGUUCACAUACUUUCUCUUGUAAAUUUUAUCAAAGGGUUUAUUAAAUUGCUAUGUUUUACUAA